AUGGAGAAGGAAAUGCUCGCAGUGGUAUUUGCACUGGAGAAAUUACGACAGUACUUAAUCGAAACAAACGUUGUGGUGUAUACUGAUCACUCUGUGAUCAAUCUGAUGACAAAGAAGGAUGCAAAACCAAGGCUGAUACGGUGGGUAUUGUUUCUGCAAGAGUUUAACCUAGAAAUCAAAGAUCGAAAGGGCACUGAGAACCUAGUUGUUGAUCAUCUGUCAAGAUUGGAAAAUUGUGAGGUUCAAGGGAGAGAAAAAGAUAUUGAGGAAAGAUUCCCCGAUGAGCUGCUGAUGUCAGUAGAUAUUAAUGUUCCCUGGUAUGUGGACAUUGUGAACUUCAUUGUUUGUGGGAAUUUGAAGUCUCGCUGGUCUGGGCCAUUUCGAAUCAAGACUAUCUUUCCUUAUGACGUAGUGGAACUAAAAACUUUAGAUGGGAACGACGCGUUUAAAGUCAAUGGUCAACGGAUUAAGCCUUACUACGGAGGCAACAUAGAUCGAUGCAUGAAUACCAUUGACUUGGGCAAGCAGGAUUAA